GCAGAAGCAAUGUGAAAGAGAGGGAAUCAAUGGAUAAAUUGAUGAAUGAAGAUCUCUACAAAACAGCUGUAGAAGGAAGUACUGAAAAAUUUGAGAAGGCUAUGGCUGAAGCUCAUACAGAAAUCGAUGUGGAAAGUGGGCAAAUAAAACUUGAUGAGGAAUACUUUUGUCGUCAAACACCAGGUGGAAAUAAUAUUGUUCACAUAGCUCUUAGACAUGGAAGUGCAAAUGCAGAUCAAUUUGUUAAGAUUGCUGUAGAACACUUCACGAGUCUUAGCAUGCGACCGGAUAAUAAUGGAGACACGCCCCUUCACCUUGCUGUGAAGUGCAAGGACAGUAAGUCAGGGGAAUUACUAGUAAAUGCAUCCAAAGGUUUUCUAGGCGAGUUAGAUGAAAGACGGAAAGCAUUUUAUGUUGCCCCAUGGGCUGUGAAAAAUAACAAAGGUAACUUUCCGAUUCAUGAGGCUUUACAGACCAACAACCUCAAUGAUGCGUUCACCCUGCUUAAAUGUGACGAUGAGGCCGCCUCUCGUGUGAAUGACUUAGGCGAGACUCCACUCCAUUCCUUUGCCAAGAAUGGCUUUUCUAUUACUGUUGAAAAAGCAGACGAGUUUGUGAAGAGAUUACGUGAUACGAGCAGUCAAGCAGCUUAUAUACGAGAUGAUGAAGGCCUAACCCCAUUGAUGUGCGCAGCUAGGUCUGGUUGUUUCAGUGUUUUACGUGCUAUACUUGAACAACAUCCUCAAUCAGCAUACCUCCUAGAUUCAAGUGGCAAGACUUUUUUGCAUUUGUUGCGUUUUACGGGUGAGGAUGCUGAUAGGAAGAUGUUAUUCGAUAUCCCUGAAGCUGAUGCACAAAGAUUAGUGCAAGAUUAUGACGGAAACACACCCCUUCAUCAUGCCAUUCAGACUGAGAACACUGCAGCUACAAUUUCAUUAGCUAAAAGAUGUUUAGAGACGAAACUAACAGAACUAGAAUUGGCAAAUAAAAGGGGACAAACAAUUCGGGAUUUACUUGCAUUACAUGAUGUCCCAAAUGAGAUAGUAAAACAAAUUCGGUAUAAAAUGCCGGAGGCAGUGUACUUAGCUAAAAGAUCAUACGGUAUUUGCAAGACAGAUACGAAAGAGUCUGCCAAUGCUCUCUCUGUAGUUGCUGCCCUGUUAGCAACCAUAACUUUUGCAGCUGCCUUUCAAGUACCUGGUGGAUUUAAUGGCGAUGACGGUUCUCCUAUUCUUUUGGAAAAGACGGCAUUCAUCAUUUUCGUUACAUCAAACUCAGGUGCAAUGUGCUGCUCAAUGCUUUGCCUUUUCUUACUACUUUGGGUGAUGGUUAUUGGCAACAUUCACGACUCUCUCGGGAUAUUAGAUAUCGCUAUACACUUGCUUCGUGCAUCCUUCUACCUCACAUUGCUUACAUUCACAAUGGGUGUGUUUGUGGUUACUGCUGAAAAGAGUUUAUGGUUGGCUCUCUUGGUUUGUGGACUCUGCUUCAUUACCUUCCUUCUUACUUGGAAGCAAUCAAUCAGUUUGGUUGCUAACAAUGGCGGUGGUUUUGCUACUGCUAUUAACAAGUUUAAAAAGUUCACUGUGGAACCAAUUCAAGAGCAAUUCAACAAGUUUAAAAAGUUCAUUGUGGAACCAAUUCAAGAGCAAUUCAACAAGUUGAGAGGUCGAUGCUAUCGUAAUCACGACAGUGUUGAGGAGCAGAGAAAUUAAAAGAGAGCGAUGCCAUCGUAAUCACGGUGUGUCAGGUAUGUUCCUUGUAGCGUUGCUAGCCAUGGGACAUCCAAUAACAAGUGUGUUAGGAGGGUUAAGUUUUUAUUGUGUGGUAUUGAUUUUGAUUAUACAAUAUCUCAUAUGAGGGUGAUUAAUUUCUUAAUCUUGCAAAGGUUAUUGGCUUAUUGUACACCCAAAUUAAGGAUUUUAUUUGUUCACUUUUGUUAACAUAUAUAUUAUGCACACUAUUAACAAACAUCCUCUGUUUUAUA